AUGACACAAUGUGAAUACCUUUAAUUUGCGAACGUUACUUGGAACCAUAACAAAAAUAAAAAAUACACCACUGCGAUAUAGUAUGUAUGUAACGCAUCUUAAUUUCUUUCGUUAUUCGCGAUGUUAGAUAGUAUGUUGUAACUAAAAUUUGGCUCUACUGAUUUUACUCUAGUCAGUUGUUAAUCUGAUAUUUCUCAUUACCGAAAAUUUUUAGAACAUUAAUUGUACUUUGCAAAUAUAGAAAAUAAAUAUGCAAAUACUGUUCGCAUUCUUCUGUAUAAGUAUUUACUUUGCAGUUGCUUGUCAGAUUGGAUAUAUAUCACCCAAAGGACAUGAUAUUGAAAUAGAAUACGGCAAUCCAUUAAAUUUAGCAUGUGUUAUAACUGACACAACUUAUAAAAGUGAUAGUUUAUCUUUUACUAGAAAUGAUGAACCAAUUCCAUCAGAAAUGAUUGAUGUUGUUAAUUCAACUGUCAUAAAUUUACACAUUCCAAAGCCAGCAUUAGUAUCCAAAGACUUGUAUACAUGUAUAUCAAAUGAUACAACCGUUUGUAAGACGUAUGUUUCAGUGGGAAUUAAACCACAAAAAGUUACGGAUUUCAGUUGCAUAUCGAAUAAUUAUGAUAACUUAACGUGCUCGUGGACAACACCAAACAACUAUGUCUCUACAGACUACAAUUUAACGUUUACUGUCGGAGAAGGAAGGGCGGCUAGAUAUAUCUACUUAUGCCCAGUUCUACAGUCUGAAGCUAAUAAUAAACGCAAGUAUUGCUUCUGGGACAAGUUAACAACACCUCACUAUAGACUAGUAUACGAGAGUUUCAAUUUCACUCUCAAAAUGAACAACACUUUUGGCCAGAAUCAGAUAAAUGUGUAUUUCGUUCAUUUUUCCAAAGUGUGGUCUGGUCCUCCCGAAAACUUAAUGGCAGAGAGUGUGACACCUUCGUCUGUGUAUUUGUCCUGGAGGGUUCCUUCGUCUAUGCAAACCUUUCCACCAGGCGUACAUCAUAGAAUCUUGUAUCAAUGUAAAUAUGGAAAAAAGGAGUGGAAGCUUGGAGGUAUGCUCACUGGUAGAAGCUUUCGCGGAAGAACAAGUUUUAACUUAACAAAUCUUCCAAAUGCACACACUAUAUGCGAAAUUAGAGUUUCGUUACGUUCGGCCAAAGCUUUACCUGAUGAUAAAUCUAUGUGGUCUCGAAACGCAUCUAUUACUGUGCGAACGGGCAGUAAAAUACCAGAUGAACCACCACUAACGGAUGUUGGCAGUUUUGAGAUUGUUGCUUUUGAUGACGGGUAUAGAGAAGUUUACAUCUACUGGAAGCAUAUUAAAGAAAAGCAAAAGAACGGGCCUUUAUUUAGAUAUGGAAUUAGUUGCGAGGAGGAUGAUUCUAUUAAACCCACUGAAAUCACAAACGCUUACGCUAAGUUCGACAAUUUACCUGCGUCUAAAAGCUACACUUUCCACAUUUGGUCAGAAAAUAUGAACGGAUCAUCGCUUGGAAGAUCAACUGUUCGUGUCCCUGAGGAAGCAGAUCAUGUGAAAGAACCAAAGAAUUUUAUUGCAGUAAAAUUCAGCGAAGGAGAUUUUGAGUUGUUUUGGGAACCUCCUGAGUUAUCGACGAAUCAAUAUAUCACAAACUAUACGAUCUUCACUUGUAGUAACGUAAGGGAUAGACCUGAUCAGUGUACUGGUUUGCUUAACUGGAAGGUAGUUUCAAAUAAAACCACAGCUGUUGAUAUGAAAGUGAAUAAAAAUCAAAUUUUCCAGCUUGCCAUAGCAGCAAACACGAAAGACAGUAGUAGCGGCAUGUUGUGGUCCGAUUGCAAGAUUAAAUAUUACAAAAAUAAAAGGGGUAAAUUGAGAAACGUUUGGAUUUAUAGGGUGGGAGUCACGUUCGUCGAACUUGGUUGGGCACGCGAUUGUAAAGAUGGAAUAGUUAACGUUUACGGCUACAUUGCUUAUUACUGUCCCAUUAAAGGACCGCUUCACGCAGAAUGCACAGCUCCAGCAACAAAUAUCACGUUUCCUGGCAAUGCUAUAUCUCGUGGUAACAUCACAGACUUAAGCCCUCAUACCACCUAUAUGUUUACCAUCUCUGCGGUAACUAAACGUAACACAUUUAGUCAACAAAGUGAUCCUUUGUACAGUACAACUCUCGCUGGAUAGUGUGAUUGUGACCCUUAAUACACGAUCUCAAUUGCAGUUUGCACAAUAAUGUGUUCGAACAAAGUAAUAAUAAAAUUUGUAACCAAGUAA